AACGAGCUCUGGUUUGAACCCCUGUGUCUGCAGAUGAAGUGGGCCGAGGUGGUGCAGGACUGCUCUCAGGCCGUGGACAUGAACCCUCGAUACAUCAAGGCUCUGUUCAGGAGGGCCAAAGCUCUGGAGAAGCUGGAGAACAGGAGGGAGUGCCUGGAAGACGUCACAGCGGUCUGCAUCCUGGAAGCUUUCCAGAACCAGCAGAGCAUGCUGCUGGCAGACAAGGUGCUGAAGCAGCUGGGCAAGGAGAAGGCCAAAGACAAAUACAAGAACCGAGAGCCCAUGAUGCCGUCUCCUCAGUUCAUCAAGUCCUACUUCAGCUCCUUCACCGACGACAUCAUCUCACAGCCGCUGCAGAAGGGCGAGAAGAAGGACGAGGACAAGGACAAAGAGGGCGAGACGGCCGAGGUCACGGAGAGGUCAGAGACCCUAACCCACUCUCUCUGUCUCCU